UUCUCUUUCCUUUCAGACAUUCGUUUCCCAUGCAUCCUAUCGCAAAUAAAUCAUCGUCUUCAGAUCGUCAUUAUCCUUCCUUAACCUCAUCGGCGUCCCCUUCUCAAUUCUCGCCGUCAUCCCAGGUCAGCAAGUUCAUGGCCCUACGGAGACUGAGCAGGACCCAGCAAGCGCCACCAUCGAGUUCAACCCACUUGCCGCUGAUAAAGAGACUAAAGCAUGAACCUCCCACUCUUGACCACGCAAAACGCCCUCCAGCGCCCAGUAGUAUAAUCCAGUCAAAACCGAAUUCAUUGGCGAGAAAGGCGCCAUUAAAGGCAUUAAAUCCGAGUCAAAGCCAGGAUCGAAACUGCACAAGGGUGUCAGAUCAUCUAUCGACAAACAUAAAACCUCGGCCAUACGAUUCCUUGUUGCCACCAAGUUUUGUGACCCACCGGUAUAUCGUCUCUAAUCGGAUACUCCAGAACACCGCUAUCGUCCGCGCGCUACUUGAUCCAGACUGCGGCAGAGUUCAGUUGGUGGAAAGGGACAUGGAGUAUCUGCGGGCUUUACUACCAGAGUGUACACGCAAUCGAGCAGCGGCCCGCGUGGAGGCAGACAUUAUUCUGGACGAGGGAAACGCUGUGCUACUCUAUCCUCUUCGCGAGAUUGGCCAGGCCAUCAUCCAAGAUCCAGAUGCGGGACUGAACGAACUCCUUGUGACGUUGGCCAGGAUAGGACCACGAUACAAGUCGGUCUGGCUAAUCCUUGAGGAGUAUAAUUGGAGUGGCCCAGCACUCUCGAAACCUAAACAACUUUCAGCGAGGGGGAUAGAAUCAACACCAACUCAGACGCAUUCGGCCUUCCACCCAGCACUCAAACAACCCAUGUCGUCGCCAUCGCACCGGUCUGACGAUCACUCAGCCACAGUUUCUCGACUCGACCCCUUUGCCGGACCAGUGAUGCCCCAACUUAACAAGCUGACAGCCUGGGUACCUUCAACACAUACUCGAUCAGGAUGGCUGUCAAGAUUAAGCUAUUGCAGUGCUCUCAAUUUGUCCAGCCAUCAGAGUCCAACUCAUUCGAGACAGCUCAAAUCUGUGCAAGAUUCAUUCCCAAAUGGAUAUAAUGAAGCUAGCGAACUGGUCUUUGAGACGCGGGUGCUCUUUGCUUCAGAUGAGCGUUGUGCCGCAUGGAUGACCCGUGCGAUUGGAGAAAGAAUUGCCGUGCAGAUCGAUAUUGCUGCUCAGUCUGGAUUACGGAGAGACGAAGAUGGAUGGCGAAGCCGUGAAGAAUGGCUCUGGCGAGACUGGCUAAAUGAACAGGACAGCACUCACGAGCGUUUUUUGGCGUCCUUCGGCCUGUUCAACCCGUUUUCAAUCCAGCUGAUCUUAUCUCUGUGUUCACUCAAGGAGCUCAUGUCCAUGGACCACAAACAGCGCGUUAGCAUGUUAGGAAAAUUUAUUGACAGCGAGAUAUUGGCAACGUUCAAUAAGAUCGUCUCUGGGCCACUCAUAUAGAUAAACAGUUUAUUAUUUAUUUAUUUUGGCGGGAAAAUCGAUAAAAGCCGAA